AUGAUGUGGGCAAGCGCCAUAGCACCAUGCUCAUCGAUAUUUCGUUUAUUCGCCUGCUGCUUCAGGCGAUCGAAGUCACAUAUCCACAUUGUGCAAAAUGCAGUUCUUAAUGAUCCAGUACCAGCCAUAUCACAUGAGAUUUCCGGACAGCCAAAUGUCUCAUCGAAUGCUGCCAUACUUUCAUUUGGUAAAAUUCAUUACAAGUUAGACUACGAUUUUGGAAGUAACAAGUUAGCAGUAACAAUUUUUGAAUGUAAAGAAUUGCCAGCAAUGGAUCGGAAUGGAAUGUCAGAUCCAUACGUGAAACUGUAUCUGCUUCCGGAAGGAAAGCCAAAAUUUGAAACAAAAAUCAAGCGGAAAUGCUUAAACCCCAUUUUUAAUGAAAUGUUCGCCUUUCAUAUAGCAUUUACGGAGCUUCAGUGUAAGACACUUCAAUUGGUUGUAUACGAUUUUGAUCGAUUAAGGAAGGAUGACCGAAUUGGUCAGCUGUCAAUACCUCUAGAGAAAGUUGACUUUGGUAUUACUGUCGAGAAAUGGUCUCAACUAAAUCCUCCGGAAUGUGAAACUAACUCAGAGUCACGACUUGGUGAUCUUUGCUUCUCUUUGCGAUAUCGGCCAAGUACAAUGAUUUUAACUGUAACAAUAAUGGAAGCUCGAAAUCUUAAGAAAAUGGAUGUUGGAGGUUUGUCAGAUCCAUUUAUCAAAUUACAUUUGUAUAAUGGACGAAAAUUGAUAUCAAAGAAGAAGACAACACGAAAAUACAAAACACUGAAUCCAUAUUACAACGAAAGUUUUCAGUUCAAACUGGAACAGGAAUUAUUGGAGAAAGUGCAUUUGGUUAUCAGUGUUUGGGAUUAUGACAAGAUGAGUAAAAAUGACUUUAUCGGAGAAGUAAAGCUUGGCUCUCCAUCUCUCAAUGACUUCACAGUUAGCAUCACCAGCCAGAAACAAUGGCUUGAAAUGAUGUGUACCAAGAGACCUGCUGUUCACUGGCAUACCUUACAGCCGAAAUCAUGA